GGUACUUAUGAAACUGUCUGUGGGAAUGUUUUUGCAUUUAAUGACCAAGAAAUUCGUCUUUGGUCUAUGUCUGAUUAUGUGGCCUGUGCAGUAGAUGGUUGGGGAACAGAAAGCUUCAGGGGCGAUAUUGCUAGUAUGUACAUCCAGGCCUGGAUACUGGACUCCUGUAAUAAACAUUUCUCAACACAAUUUACAAUGGAUAAGAACGACAUAAACUCUGUCGAGCGAGUGAGCCUGGAUUCGGUGUAUAAUCUAGAUUCCACAUUAGUUUCUGUUCAUAUGAAAGUAUUAUCGCCAAGCAACGAGGGAUUCAUGUUUCAUGCUGGUGGAAGCGCUAUGAUUGAUACCUCUAAUGACCCAUAUGGAGGUAUAAUAUACGGAUACAGUGAAACAGAAGUUCUGCUCUGGAGACCAUCCCGGACAAAUACAAAUGGACAUUUGGUUUACGUGGGUGGACAGUGGGGUAACGGGCAAAGUUAUCAAGAAAGUGACGUUGUAGAAGUCAUCGUUAAAGCUAUUGACAUAACAGGCACGCCUUGUAAUAUUACGGAAUUAUGCUCGCCUGAUUGGUCAAAGACAAGAUGCGUUUCUACAGAUUGUCCAAUCCCUCCCGAUAUUGACAAUGCAUUUAAACUAUAUGAUGGAGUAACUAAUGGUAGCAAGGCAUUGUAUGCUUGUAAGACUGGGUACACGGAAAGUUCUGAUGACGUAAUAAUAAACUGUGUAGGGGGCACAUGGUCUAUGACGUCAAUGUUCUGUAAAGUUGUUUGCUCAUCACCUCCCGCUGUUGAAAAUGCAGCAGUUCUUGUGCAGGACAAUAGAGCAAAAUAUUACUGCUUGACGGGAUAUUUCGCUAUGACAAAUACAAGUGACAUCAUCGAGUGCACAAACAGCACCUGGCCAACUACUGACUUUAAAUGUAUAAAAUUUAAAAUAUUAUAG